CACCUCACAGUUCAUUUCUUUUCCGACGUUUUAGUGUAAAGUACACACAAUGAACACUCACCAGAUCAAAAAUCUAGAAGACCUCGUCCAUUUUCCGGGCGCAAAAAUAGUAAACCAUGAAGUGACAAAUUUAACCUCACCUGGUGAAAAUUUUGGUAGCGUGAUGUUAAGUGUUGAUAUUUUGUUUGAAACUGCAACCGGUACCAAGAAAAUUCAAGCAGUCGCAAAAACGGUACCACCUAACGAAUUCAUUCAAGAGAUUUUCAACACUAGUGUAACCUUCCGGAAUGAAAUUGCCUUCUACAAAGACACAAUCCCCUUAUUACAAAACUUCCAAAAACAAAACAACAUGGAGACAAUCAUUAAUUUCGCACCCAAGUACUACGGCAGUAGAUUAAAUCUGAGUGGUGGCAAUAAUGUGGAUAACGAUGCUGCAUUAGUGCUCGAAAAUUUGAAAGUUCGGAACUUCUCUACCUUGGAACAAGUGAAAGGUUUGGGGUACGACGUGGCGAAAAUAGUACUCACCGAUCUGGCGUAUUUGCAUGCCGUGUCGUUGGGAUUUAAACUUAAGCACCCUGAGAUAUUCGAAAAAGAAAUCUUGCCAUAUUUAGAAGAAUGGUUGCCGAAAAUUCAAAACCAUAACCGUUUGAAAUCAUCGGUAGGUCUUUUAAUCGAUGAAAUAGAAGAAAUGCGGCCUUUGAAAGAGCGUAUCUUUGAUGGGUUUGAUAAGGAGAUGAUACCGGUUCCACCAAGGGAACCUUUUGCCACCAUUACGCAUAACGACUGUUGGGUCAACAACAUCAUGGUAAAAUUGGAAAGUGGUGUCCCUAUUCAAACUAAACUAGUGGACUAUCAAAUCUGUUCCUACGGUUCUCCUGCUAGAGAUCUGGUUUUCUUUUUAUUUUCAAGUGUGAAAAGCGAUGUUGUUGAGAAUUGUUAUCAAGAGUUGGUCAAGUGGUACCAUGAGAAAUUUAUAUCGGUACUGCGAGAACUGGAUUGUGAUACUACUGUUUUUACGUUGGAAUAUCUACAAAGGGAAAUCGAUUUUGAAGCAAAAAAUUCGCAGUUUGGACACGUCAUUUUUAUGCUCAUUCCUAUUUUUAUGGAACGGAAAAAUGUGGUUGAUAUUUCUAAACUAUCACACGAAAAUAUGCUUCCCACAGAAUUCACAGACUUACAUAAGGAAAAAUUUGCAUUUGUAGUCAACGAAUUUUUGAAGAGAAAUUGGCUUUAGC